AAAGAGAUGAACAUGAGAUGUACCUCGCUGUACAUGGUGGCAGUUAAGUACAAUAAUUAGUAGCUACAAUAUGAUUUUACCAACUGGGCCUAUGAAGACACAAGGGGCCAUGAAACGAACCACUCCUGGCGUCCACCGACUGGAACAGGAACAGAACUUCAUCGGCCCAAGAUUCGUGAGCAGUUUCGCCAUGGCCCGUGGUCGAUCGCGAAGCCCGAGAAGGAGCCGAUGGGACAAGGUCUUUUGUGUGGAUGUGGAGUGCGUGGCCAUUGGCCGCAGCCAUGACAUAUCAGCGCGCAGCCCAUGCUCGGUGGCCCUUGUGAAUGGACAAGAGGAGGUUCUUCUCAAGGAGAUCAUCAAGCCCGAGAAACCGAUUAUCAGCUGUUUGACUCCCCUCACUGGUGUGACCAAAGCUGAUUUGGACAAGGGCAUCUCCUUGAAUGAGGCCGUGGCAAAGUUGAAGCGGCUCCUACCAGCAGAUGCUGUCUUGGUUGGACAAAGUUGUGCGUCCGACAUUGAGUGGAUGAUGCUUGAGAAGGGUGUGGAUUUCGCAGAAGUCGUGGAUCUUGGCGAAAUCUUCAAAGGCUACAACGCCCGAUAUGGGAACUACUCGGUGCAUUCGCUCCAGCAUGAAGCCCGGGUUCUAUUGGGCAAGACGGCACGCGGAGCCCACGACCCUGCCUGGGAUGCACAGGUCUCUGUAGCUCUCUACAAGAAAGCAAAGCUGGCAACAGCGCAGGAGCUCACAUCCAUGCAGCAGCAGCUGAUUUCAACAAAGCCCCUCCCCAGCGUGGCAAAGAGCCACAACUACAACAUUGAUGGCGUUUGUAUGGCGAAGUUUAUGCCAAAGUUCUGCACAUGCUGACGUUGUUUUGAGUGAAGGAUGUCCGCUGGCCGACGUGGGGGUUUAUGAAACAUGUCACAGCAUGGCCACAAGGUAUUCACAAGUGCGUGCUUUCUGACAGGCAAAGCACGAGUCACAGUCUUGCUGGCAUAUUGCGGCG